AUAUAGGAUUAUUGUUAUUGAUGAUAUACUUAAAUGUGUUUCUUGAUUUGAAUUCGCAGUUAAAAACAUCGAAAACAUCGGAAAAUGCAGGAAGCUGUCAUUGAUGUAUCACUCAAUACGAAGAAUGUCUUCUCGUCAGCUCUUCGUUUCGCUAUGUCCAUUGAUACAUUAAAGAACUCUCCUGAGCUUGUUCAUGAGCUCAAAACUUCAGCUCAAGAACAAGUGGAGUUCAUGUUAUCGGAAGACGAAGAGGUACGGUUACUGAUUACUGAAGAGGAAGUGAAAUCGGUUGUAAGAUUAGGUAUCUCAAAUGUUAUAUCGAUGUUGUUGGAUAGAUUAUCAUCUUUGCUUGUGAUUAUUCCUGAAUGUACUGAGUUUAGUGUUCUUAAAACACUCUAUGAUAUCGAGUGGCUAUGCAAAGUAUUGCCAAGGAUGGAGUUGAUGAAAGAUCUUGUCUUUAAAUGGACCGAUGUAUCGAGUGAGAUUCUUGUGAUUGCUCAGAAGUGUAAGUUAGAUUCUAGGAUAUUGGGUGUGAAAGUUAAGCUAGUUGAGGUUACAGGGAAGAUUUUAGAAGCGGUAGGUUAUGGAAUUGUGAUUGUUCCAUCUAAAAGCCGGACUUGUCUUCUGAAGAUAUGGUUGCCUUUCAUAAGGAGAUUAAAGACUUUGGUUGAUGCAGAAGGAUCUGAGUGUGAGUACAGAAUGGAUGAAGAUCUUUGCGAAUUCAUAGAAGGAUCGAUGGUGUCUUUGGUUUUGACGUUGCCUUCGAACGACCAAGCAGAAGUAUUUGGGGAAUGGAUGAGAGGGAUUGGGUUGGAAGGUGUGAAGUUUCCAGAUUUGAGUGAAGCUUUUGAGUAUAUCGUUUUCAAGAUUCGGGAAACUGGAAAUGCAGAUGUCGCUAAGAAAUUCGAAGUUCCAAGCCUUUCUUCUUCCUCAAGCCGGUCUGCUUAUUUCCAAAGGUUGAAUGAAGAUGGAUAGUAGCGUUGUUCAAUUCACAGUUCACUCACAAUGCCUUGAAACUAGACCCAAGGAAGAUAACCCGAUAAUUUCAACCGUAUACCGAGAGGAGAGAUCCAAGUCAUGUGAAUUCUCACAUUUGUAAUCUUGUUUCAUACUUUCAUCUUCCUUGAAUAGCUUGCUGCUUCAUUGUAAUUCUGGAUUCUAAUAGGAGUGACAUAUAAAGCUCCUGACUCUUGUAACUUUGAUCCUGAUUUAUGAUAUAAAUAGUGCGGUCUGUG